AUGAAGAAGAACAGGCAGUUGAAAGCUACCUGGGUUGCAAAAAAAUUCCUUGAAGUCUUCAAAAACAGACCACAUUGGCCUGCAAAGGAAAUAGUGGACUGCAUUAAAAGAGCUUUCAAGGUCAUUGUGAAUAGGAUGUUUGCUUACAGAGUGAAAUAUGCUGCCCACACUCUCCUACAUGGUUCAAUGCAUGACCACUACGAAAAAGUGGGAGCUUAUCUUGCAUCAUUGCAGACAAGCAGCCCUGGAAGUACAUAUGAGCUAGUGAGUGUGCAACAGAAGAAGGGUCCACCUGUGUUUCAAAGAUUUUUCAUGUGCUUUGAGGGGUUGUCCAAGGGAUGGAUAGAUGGUUGUAGGAAGGUGUUGGCUGUUGAUGCAAGCUUUUUGAAGACCUUUCUAGGUGGUCAAUUGCUUUAUGCUGUUGGAAGGGAUGCCAAUGACCAAAUGUUCCCAGUGGCAUGGGCUGUUGCUGAGGGUGAGAAUAAUCUGAGUUGGGAAUGGUUUUUUGUGCAUCUACAAAAAGUGUUGGAGUUGGGAGAUGGUGAAGGUGUUGCAGUCUUGUCUGAUGAGCACCAGGCUAUUGUCAAUGCUUUGUCCUCUGUUCUGCCCCAAGCAGAACACAGGCAUUGUGCCAGACAUAUAUUUUCCAACUGGCACAAGACAUAUAGAGGAGAUGAGCUGAAGUUGCAAUUCUGGAAGAUUGCUAAGUGUUACAACAAGGCAGAUUUUGAUGAUGCAUUGAACGACCUCACUGUAAUCAAUUUUGAAGCAGCUGAGGCAUUCAAAGGCUAUAAUCCUAGCUUAUUUUGCAGAGCUUUCAUGAGUACUUAA